UCACGUGACCUGUGAUUACAGCCCAGGCUCUGUGUUGUGUGAUACUGACCUGUGCGCUAUGCGGUGUGUUGACAUACUACAACUCGCGACAUCUGCAGUCAUUUUAAGAGUGGCGACAUCACUACCUCCAUCCACAGUAGUCGCAAGGACCGCUUCGACACAGACAGCAACUUCACCACAGACAACCGCUUCGACACAGUCAACCAUUUCGACACAGACAACCACUUCAACACCAACAACUACAACAACCCCAGACCCACGCACGAAUACAACAGUAUGUUACCCGCAAGUUGGCUGCUUCGACAACAUUCCGCCAUUUAACAUCGCGGAGUUGGCGCUUCCUGUAGCACCGGAAGUAAUUGGGACUGGUUUCUGGUUGUACACGCGUGCAAGUUCUGGUAACGGCGACCACGAUAAUCUCAACUACACCGACCAUGACAGUAUCACCGGAUCAAAGUUUGACCAUGCGAAGCUGACGAAAAUUAUUAUUCACGGUUACAAAAGAGGGGGGAACUCAUCAUGGGUACAAAACUGCAAAGAUGCUUUUUUACGACAGGGCGAUAUCAAUGUCAUCAUUGUCGACUGGGGACGAGGUGCAGUUGCAGGUGAUUACAACCAGGCUGUUGCCAACACACGAUUGGUUGGAAUACAACUUAGAUUCAUCGUUGAAAUGCUAAUAGAGGCGGGACUUAAGACGAAGGACGUGCAUCUGAUUGGUCAUAAUUUAGGUGCUCAUAUAGCGGGCUAUACCGGCUGGCUGAUGAGGGGCAACAUAGCAAGGAUAAGCGGAUUGGAUCCCUCCGGACCAAAUUAUGACCAUGCAACUCAUGUUCUGAAGCUUGACAAGACCGACGCCAUGUUUGUUGACGUCACCCAUACAAAUGACGGCUUCUUGGGUCAGGAAGUAGCUUCCGGUGACGUGGAUUUCUAUGUGAAUGGCGGGAAGGCACAACCCGGAUGUCCAACAACAGCACCGGCUGCACUAGGUCCGCUGUUGACAGACAAAGACGGAAACAACACAUUAGGUUGCAGCAGCGGCCGAGCCACUGACUACUACAUAGAGUCAAUCCACACGUCCUGCCCGUUCACAGCCUAUCCCUGCACGGACUAUAGCAGCUUUCAAAACGGCCUCUGUCUGACGUGCGGAAGUCGAGGUUGCACACAAUAUGGGUAUUAUGCGGAUCAGUUUUCUGGCCGUGGCAGCAUGUUCCUUGACACUGGUGGCACGUCUCCGUUCUGUGGUUUUCACUACGGUGUGGAACUGACGACAGCGAGCGACGUGACGGAGACACAGGGCCAACUAAUGCUCAAUCUGUUCGGCCAAUGGGGAACCAGCGGGCUCAUCGCAGUCACGGGGGACGGCACGUUGAGCCCAAAAGCAACGAUACUGCAUGUAGCUGUCGCCAAGAAUGAGAUAGGGGACGUCACUGCUGUGGAGGUUAAAUACGUCAAACAUUCAGGUUUCUGGUUCACGAAUGGAGAGGAUACAUUUGAACUCAGCAAAGUAAAGGUUACUUCCGGUGAAAAUGGAUACACGUACCUUUUUUGUCUUAAAGGACACACGCUUCCUGACAAGGCGCUGAUUAAGACGGACGUCACACACAAGGCCACAUGCUAAUUUUGGUCAUUUACUCGUAUGUAGGACGCUGUAAUAAACAUGAAUGUCAGACUUUCACUGCCA